UCAGACUGUACUGCAAUUGUUUGCUUACUGAACAUGAAUCUUUCUCACUAUGCUGUGAGUUCUUGGCGAGCAAGGAUGCCGUCAGAUUCAUCUUUGACCUUCCAGCAUCUUGCACUACAGUGCCUGGCAUAUAGCAAGUGCUCAGUAAACAUUUGCUAAUAAGAGGACAAAUCAGUGGCACUAAAAUGAAUGUUUCUUCUUCCUUCCCAUUGGGUGGUGGCUGGGAGUUGCUGGAUUUUUGCAAUACCGCUCAUUAUGCUGUCUUGCUCUCUGCAGAUGACGUCGGUUGCCAAGGUGUAUUACAGCCAAACCACUCAGACAGAAAGCCGGCCCCUAAUGGGCCCAGGGAUACGACGGAGGAGAGUCCUGACAAAAGAUGGCCGCAGCAAUGUGAGAAUGGAGCACAUUGCUGACAAGCGCUUCCUCUACCUCAAGGACCUGUGGACAACCUUCAUUGACAUGCAGUGGCGCUACAAGCUUCUGCUUUUCUCUGCAACCUUUGCAGGCACCUGGUUCCUCUUUGGUGUGGUGUGGUAUCUGGUAGCUGUAGCCCAUGGGGACCUGCUGGAGCUGGGACCCCCAGCCAACCAUACCCCCUGUGUGGUACAGGUGCACACGCUCACCGGGGCCUUCCUCUUCUCCCUCGAGUCCCAGACCACCAUUGGCUAUGGCUUCCGCUACAUCAGUGAGGAGUGCCCACUGGCCAUCGUGCUUCUUAUUGCCCAGCUGGUGCUCACCACCAUCCUGGAAAUCUUCAUCACGGGUACCUUCCUGGCAAAGAUUGCCCGGCCCAAGAAGCGGGCGGAGACCAUCCGUUUCAGCCAGCAUGCGGUUGUAGCUGCACACAAUGGAAAGCCCUGUCUUAUGAUCCGAGUCGCCAACAUGCGUAAGAGCCUCCUCAUUGGCUGCCAGGUGACAGGCAAACUGCUUCAGACCCACCAGACAAAGGAGGGUGAGAACAUCCGGCUCAACCAGGUCAAUGUGACUUUCCAAGUGGACACGGCUUCUGACAGCCCCUUCCUCAUCCUGCCCCUUACCUUCUACCACGUGGUGGAUGAGACCAGUCCCUUGAAAGACCUGCCCCUCCGCAGUGGUGAGGGAGACUUCGAGCUGGUGCUGAUCCUAAGUGGGACAGUGGAAUCCACCAGCGCCACCUGCCAGGUGCGCACUUCCUAUCUGCCGGAGGAGAUCCUUUGGGGCUACGAGUUCACGCCCGCCAUCUCGCUGUCAGCCAGUGGCAAAUACAUAGCAGACUUUAGCCUUUUUGACCAAGUUGUGAAAGUAGCCUCUCCGAGUGGCCUCCGCGACACCAGUGUACGCUACAGAGACCCUGAAAAGCUCAAGUUGGAGGAGUCAUUAAGGGAGCAGGAUGAGAAGGAGGGCAGUGCCAUUAGUGUGCGCAUCAGCAAUGUCUGAUGGCUUGGUUCCCCACCUCCCCGUACUUCUGGUCUCUUUUCCUCUUUUGGCAUCCUGGGUGAGGGAUAUUACCCAGGCUUACUGGACAGCCCCAGAAGCACCCUUCUCCACUCCCUCUUCUUUAACCCAGCUGGCCUGUAGUAGUCUAGGCCAACUGGACUUCCUCCCGUUGUUCCCUUCACCUCACCGCACUUCCACCCCAAGAUGCACACGUCCCUUAAGCCAGGAUGGGGGAAGGAGAGGGAAGAUUAGGCUGAAGUGGCUUAGAAGGCCUCAGCCAUGCCUGGAGACUCACAUUAGGAGGACCAUGCAGUUG